UGCCAUAAGAGCCUUUUAAUGUUUACAGAAGAAAAACUUGGCCAAGCAGAGAAGACAGAGCUAGAUGCUCACUUGGAGAACCUUCUCAGUAAAGCAGAAUGUACAAAAUUGUGGACAGAAAAAAUUCUGAAACAGACAGAGGUGUUACUGCAGCCAAAUCCGAACGCUAGAAUAGAAGAAUUUGUCUAUGAAAAGUUGGACCGCAAAGCACCAAGUCGUAUGAAUAAUCCAGAAUUACUGGGCCAGUAUAUGAUAGAUGCUGGGAAUGAAUUUGGCCCAGGGACAGCAUAUGGAAAUGCACUCAUCAAAUGUGGGGAAACACAAAAGCGAAUUGGAACAGCAGACAGAGAACUAAUACAAACAUCUGCAAUAAACUUUCUCACUCCACUAAGAAAUUUUAUUGAAGGGGACUACAAAACAAUUGCUAAAGAAAGAAAGCUACUGCAAAACAAGAGACUAGAUUUGGAUGCAGCGAAAACCAGACUGAAGAAGGCAAAAGUUGCAGAAGCUAGAGCUGCACAACUAAACACGUCUCAGCCUGAAGAAAAUAACUUUAUGGUAAAUGUCUCUUACAUGCUCAACUUGCUGCAUGUAAAGUGGCUAAAGAUUUGGGCAGAAGAAGUGACAAAAUCUGAACAGGAAGUAAGAAUAACUCAGAGUGAAUUUGACCGUCAAGCAGAGAUUACAAGACUUCUGCUGGAAGGAAUCAGCAGUACACAUGCACAUCAUCUUCGCUGUCUGAAUGAUUUUGUUGAAGCUCAGAUGACUUAUUAUGCACAAUGUUACCAAUAUAUGUUGGACCUCCAGAAACAACUUGGAAGCUUCCCAUCUACCUUCCUCUCUAACAAUAAUCAGUCUUCCUCAACCCCUGUGCCAAGUGUAUCUGCUCCAUCAGUCUUGGCCUCUGCUUCUGCUUCAUUGCCUUCAGUAAGCAAUUCAGUAGUUACUUCAGGCUUCAGUGAACUGAAGUCAUCAAGUGGCAACAGGAAGGCCAGAGUUCUCUAUGAUUAUGAUGCUGCAAACAGCAGUGAAUUAUCGCUACUUGCAGAUGAGGUGAUAACAGUUUACAGUAUCCCUGGCAUGGAUUCAGACUGGUUGAUGGGUGAAAGGGGAAAUCAGAAGGGCAAAGUGCCUAUUACUUAUUUAGAACUGCUAAACUAAAUGGUUGGCCUAUAUAAAGACUGUCAGUUAUGGCGACAUCCUAUUUAUGUACAAUUAACUUUAUAUAAGCAGGUUUAAGUGUCUUCCAUAUUAUUGUCUUAAGGGACGAAUACCAGCCAUCAGAAACUGGCUUUUCUGCCAACGUUGUUGCAUGGUAAAUACUCUAUUCAGAUUUAAUUUGUGUUUAAAGGUUUUACUUCAUGUGCCAAGAAUGUGUUUCCUACAGAAUUGUUUCUACUGAAGUUUUCACUAAUACAAGCUUAUACUUUUGAGUAAUCUAGAUUGAAAGCAGGAGGUACUGUUUUCUACUGAAUUUUUCAUUAAUGGCAAGCUUCUUUCUUCACAUAAAAUAAACUUAUUGUGAAUUGA